AUGUCUUCGAAUCAACCCAAACGAUUGAAAAAUAAUACGAUUCACGCCUUUUUCCAAAGUAAUAAAAAAGAAUCAUCAACAUCUAAUGUUGAUAGUUCUUCUCUCGAUCAUGAACAAGAACGUCCUGAACCGGCUAUUACAACAGCUAUUACAACAGUUGGGGUUAUGCUUAAUGAAGAAUUUGAUAUCAAUUCUUUGGAACGUGAUCCGGGAAAAAGACCUCAAAUUUGGAUGUAUCCUGUCGAAAAACAGGACGAAAUUCGUCGUACUUAUAUCAAGUUAGGGCCAUAUCAAUUUUAUUUACCUGAAUAUCCUUACUCAGGUAAUGAAGGCAAUCGUCGACGAUUUCAGUAUGCAUGGUUUUCCAAAUUUCCGGCUUGGUUAGAGUAUUCUCCGACUAAAGAUGCUGCUUAUUGUUUGCCAUGCUUUAUUUUUGCUAGUGAGACAAAUGUACGUUUUGGCGCGAAUACAUUUAUGGUGGAAGGAUUUCGAAAUUGGAAGAAAGUAAAUGAAGGAAAAAAUUGUGUUUUUUUACGCCAUAUUGGAGGCCAUAAUUCCCAGCAUUGUGUUUCUUUAAAAUCAUGCGAGGAUCUAAUGAAUCAAUCUGCGCAUAUAGACAAGGUCAUGCAAAGACAGUCAUCGGUAGAAAUAUUGAAUAAUCGUUUGAGGCUUAAAACCUCAAUUGACUGUGUUCGUUGGCUUGCAUAUCAAUCAUGUUCUUUUCGAGGCCAUGAUGAAGGCCCAACGUCAAAAAAUUCAGGUAAUUUUCGCGAGAUGGUGAAGCUUUUGGCAAAUUAUAAUGAAAAAGUAGCUGCAACUAUUUUAGAUAAAGCUCCUCCCACUGCCAAGUACAUCUCUCCGACAAUUCAAAAGGAGAUAUUGCAUAUUAUUGCUUCUAAGGUGAGAAAUAAAAUUCGAGAAGAUAUUGGUGACUCUAAGUUUUGUAUUCUUGUUGAUGAGGCACGAGACGAAUCCAAAAAGGAACAAAUGGCUCUUGUUUUAAGAUUUGUUGAUAAAAUAGGUGUUCUCCAAGAACGUUUCUUUGAUAUCGUAAGCGUCAAAGACACAACUUCGUUGACUCUUAAACAUGAACUUUCAACAUUUUUUUCUCAUCAUGCUUUAAGUAUUGAUAAUCUUCGAGGGCAGGGUUAUGACGGUGCAAGCAAUAUGCGUGGCGAAUGGAACGGAUUACAAGCAUUAUUUUUGAAAGAUUGUCCGUAUGCAUAUUACGUACAUUGUUUUGCUCAUCGACUUCAGUUGGCAUUAGUGGCGGCAUCAAGAGAGGUAAUUCUUGUUCAUCAAUUUUUUUCAAAGUUGGACACCAUUGUAAAUAUUGUGGGCGCUUCUUGUAAGAGAACCGGUGAGUUAAUUACUGCACAACAAGUUGAAAUUUCUCGUUUGAUAUCUAUUAAUGAACUUGAAACUGGUAGUGGAGCUAAUCAAAUUGGCAAUUUACAACGAGCUGGAAAUACUCGUUGGGGUUCCCACUUUUCUUCUGUGUGUAGCUUGAAGAAAAUGUUUAGUGCUACUGGGAGUGUGCUUCAAACCAUUAUAUCUGAUGGAGCAAAUUAUUCCCAACGCGGUGACGCUGAUUCUGCUUAUACUGCCAUGACAUCUUUUCAGUUUGUUUUUAUCUUACUCUUGAUGGAAAGGAUAAUGGGAGUUACUGAUGUUCUUUGUCAAGCUUUGCAACAACGAUCCCAAGACAUAUUGAAUGCUAUGCAUUUAGUCUCAACAACAAAACAACUUCUUCAAAAUUUGAGGGAUGAUGGGUGGAAUAGUUUUUUAAAUGAUGUUAAUUUAUUUUGCCAAAGUAAUGAAGUUGAGAUGCCUGAUAUGAAUUAUACUCAUAAAGUAGGUCGGGGGAAGUCGAUUCACCAGCCACGAGAUACUAAUAUCACGAUGGAGCAUCAUUUUCAUUUUGAUAUAUUUGUGACUACCAUAGACACACAGAUGAAAGAGUUAAAUUGCAGAUUUAAUGAGCAAACAAUGGAACUUUUAACUCUUAGUUGUGCUUUGGACCCAAGUGAUUCAUUCAAGUCCUUUAAAGUAGAUGAUAUUUGCACUCUUGUCGAGAAAUAUUAUCCUGCAGAUUUCACAGAACAAGAUAGGCUCCUCCUGAAGUUUCAAUUGCAGCAUUAUCAUCUUGACAUGACUAAGCAUCAAGACCUAUGUCAUUUGUCUACUCUUGCAGCACUAUGCGAAGGAUUAACAAAGACGGGAAAAUCCAAAGUAUAUUAUCUAGUUGAUAGGUUGAUUCGUUUGAUCUUACUUCUUCCGGUGUCUACUGCUACCACAGAACGAGUUUUUUCUGUUAUGAAGCUUACCAAAACUAGAAUUCGGAACAAAAUGGAAGAUGGGUUCCUUGGAGAUUGCACGCUUCUACAUAUGGAAAAGGGAAUUGCUGAUCUUUUUAGAACAUAUUCCAAUAAUAGAAGAAUUCUAUUCGAAAGAAAAAACGUAAGCACAACUUAA